AUGCGAAGAUCCCGUCUCUCUCAUGCGAUUCGACCGAGUCCCAAGCUUUCCACAUCGACAGCGMCCCGCCGAUUCCUCCACCGGGUUCGCCAUGAGACCAAACCAUACAAUGUCGCAGUAAUUGGUGGCGGUCUUACGGGACUUACAGCUGCGUGGAGAUUAGUCCAAGAUCCGAAAUGUCAGAAAGUCACGCUCUACGAAAAGUCGCCUCAGCUUGGAGGUUGGCUCCAGUCCGAGAGGGUUGAGGUUGGUGAUGGGAAACAUGUGGUAUUUGAGCAUGGACCCAGGACGAUACGGGCGAGUCAACCUGCUGCAUUGCCAAUGUUAGAUCUGCUUUUCAGCUUGGAAUUAGCCGAUCAAAUAGUCCUCAUCGGCCAAAGGUCACCCGCCGCACGCAACCGAUAUAUCUACUAUCCCGACCAUUUAGUUCGAAUGCCCGGUCCCAAGCCCGACACGGGAUUGCUGAGUACGAUAUUAGAUGCGCUCAAGACUUUGUUCACCGAACCUAUAUUCAAGGGGACUGUAAUGAGUAUUUUGAAAGAGCCUGCCGUGGAAGUUCGCUCAGAUUUAAGAAAGGAUGAAUCAAUCGGAGACUUUUUCUCACGCCGGUUCGGUCCCAAAUUCGCAGAUAACUUCUUAUCGGCCAUGUUUCAUGGAAUUUACGCUGGCGACAUCUAUAAACUCAGUGCCGAUAGCAUUCUCGGAGUGCCACGGCUGAUUGAGGUCCAGAACGAGUCACUUCUAAUCGGCAUCUUGGAUGGAUUGCAGACAAAGAAAUCGUUUAUACCGGCUGAUUAUCUACUGGCACUGUGCUCGGUAGUGGGACAACGGCCACUGAGCCACUUUGAUCGUCUUCGUACAUUAAUAAGGCCCGCGAGCGUGUUUACGAUCAAAGAUGGUCUUGCGGAGAUAGCGUGUGGAUUUGAGAGGGGAUUUCAGAAAUACUCUGACAAGAUCCAAGUCGUGACUAAUGCUCGUAUCAACGAUAUCAAACGGGAGGAGAAUCAUGAUAUUACGAUAUCGUUGAAAGAUGACAAGAAGACGACAUCUCAAACAUUCAACAGAGUCAUCUCCACAGCACCACCGUCCGAAAUGGCGAAAAUGAUUGAAGCGGGCUCUCAAAACGAUACCUCAAAACCCAUUGAAUCCAUAUCACGACUUAAAGCGCAAAACUACGCAGUGAACGUAAUGGUCGUCAAUUUAUUCUACAACGAACCAAACCUCGUUCCUUACCGAGGUUUCGGGUAUCUCAUCCCUCGCAAUGUCCCCUUUGAGCAAAACCCAGAGCGAGGAUUGGGCGUGAUAUUCAGCUCCGAAACAAGUGAACACCAGGAUACAGCUGUCGGCACAAAACUGACUGUCAUGAUGGGCGGUCACUGGUGGGAUGGAUGGGCUGAAUCUGAUUUGCCUAGCCCUGAAAAGGCGACGCUCAUGGCUCGGUCGUUGCUGAAGCGACAUCUCGGCAUUGAUGCUACUCCCGCGGUGACGAGAGCCAGACUUCAGCGUGACGCUAUCCCGCAGUAUACCGUAAAUCAUCUAGUGAGAAUGGGUGGACUCUCUGACGCGAUUCGAAAGGACUUUGAUAAGCGUCUCACGCUUGCCGGAAACUGGUACGGUGUGCAUGGCGUGGGUGUCAAUGAUUGUGUCGUUCAGGGUUAUCUGGCAGCUACCUGGGGCGUAGAUUCGCUCGAGGGCGUCAAAGAUUUGGCAACGGGUAUGCCUGGUGAUCUUAUGGACGAGCAAGUAGGCGGUAUCCCGACUUCGGCGAAGCGGUAUUUGAUACAGCAAGCGCACAAAGUCCAGAGGAAAUAA